ACCCACCCCUGCCUUAUCUUUACACGAUUUUGUCAUUUUUGAGGGGAGAGGAACAAAAGGAAAUUUUCCAUAGAUAAAGGAGGGCCACAGGGAAUCUUUUUGGUUUUUGUUUUUGUUUGUACCAAAACACAAUACAUAUAUACAAGAUCACUGAAAAGAAAAGGGGGGACCAACAUAGAAAAGAUUUUUGGGGCUUCUUUUUCUUUCUUCUUCUAAAAAAGACAACACACAGAGAUGCCAUUUUUUUGUGACUCCAUUCACACGCACAACUCACCCUCACAAAUUCACGCGCACACUGGUUACACCAUCACUCUUCUACAAACUUCACGCAUAUAGGGAGGAGGAGAAAAGAGAGCACAGUCGAGAGACAUAGUGGGUAGAAAUAGGGAAAGCCGAUGAGAGAUUGAAUAGAUUCGGAUCGGAAAGGGGAGAAAUUCACAAAUGUUGAGGAUGGAGUGAAAGAUCGAGUGAGCCGGGUUGCGUUGAGUUUUUUGGUGAGAAAAUGCUCACCAGAUUUUGUGAUGCAUAUUGGGAAUCGAGUACGCCAAUCGGAGAUAGGCAAAUACCGACUGAAAUAUCAUAACAACGAUCUUGUUUUUGGGGUAAAUUUUUGCAUUCGUUGUACCGAGGUAGGAGUUUGUUCUUCGUGGUAGUGUUCAAUUCGGAAUUCUAAGUCCGGGCCUUCUUAAAUCUUAUACCAACGAAAUCGGUUCUUCAAAGGUUCAUCUCUUUAACUCUACUUUUUUUAUAUUGAAGUUGGCUAAUAUCGUGAUUUAUGGUGUGGUUUUGAAUAUUUUGAACAAAUGUUGAUUGUUGUUGUGUAUAUGAAUGAUCGGUAUGCUUAAAUGUUUGAAUCUUCGUUCGGGUAUGUGUUUGAUGUUGGUUUUGGAUUUCGAAAAUUGAUUUGAUAGUCGAAUUGGUUUAAUUAUGUGGUUAAAAAUGAAUUUAGGGGGCGAGAAUCGAAAACUUGAUAUAAUUGGUGAUUUUUGGUUAGUUUGAUUUCAUUGUUUGUUUAACUUGAAAUGAACGUUAACCGAACUUGAUAGUAUCAUGGUAGUUCGAGUGGGAUAGGCAAACAUAGGUCGGGUAGGCAAAUUUAGGGACUGUGGAUUAAUGGGAUAUUUGAACUGUGUGAUUGAAUGGCUUUUUUUGGCUUCAUCGCUUUGGGGUCACUUGUAUCAUCUGGUCGGGGAAUGCCCCGAAAUACUUGUAUUAUUUUAAUCGGGGAAUGCCCCGAAGUAUUUUGUACUCAGAGGACGUUUGUGAUGAAGACCCGAGGCGUCGGGUGAAGCAGUGGAGCGUAGUAUAGGAAUAAUCUAGGGUAGAAUAUAUUUAUAUUUUCGCAUUAUUUAUUCCUGAAUUGUAUAAUUUGGACUGGACAUUAUUUUAUUUUUGAAUUUUGUUUGAUUUGUUUGUUUGCUUGUUUUGCAUGUUUGCGUGGUUUGCACAUUCGUAGUGUUAACUUAGCCGUUAUGCUCCACCAAGCGACCGUGGUUGAACCACGGAAUCGAGGGGUGCCUAACACCUUCCCUUCGGUCAACAGAAUUACUUAGUCGGAAUCUCUGUUCGUAAAUCAGUUUUAAAAGAGUCAAAACAGUUUUGAAAAGGAUUUCCAAAGGUGACUUGGCACACCCAAUUUAUGCCAAGUGGCGACUCUGAGUUUUGAAUAUAAAUAAUUAUUUUUCGAAACAAAUUUUCAUCUUUUGUCACUUUAAUAAUAAAAAUCCUUUCAAACUAAAAAUCUAAAUCUUUUCGGAGUUAAAAAGGGGGAGUGACAGUAGGUAGGGAGAGGGGGUCACGUGGAGGGUAGGGUAGGAUGUUAGGAUGAGGUGUAAAGUUGGUUAGGAUCGGAUUAAAACAAAAUAGAAUUUGUUAGGGAUUAUGUUAAAGGUUGUUAUUGUUUGUAUUUUUGUGAGGUAUAAUCACAUGGAUGAGGGUGCAUGGUAAGGUGAGCUAAAAAUGGAUAAAAUCAGACUUGGGAGGGACAAAAUUAGGUGUCUACAAUUAUGAUUUGCAGUAUUUUUUUUUAUCUCAAUUUAUGUGGCAAUGCUAAAAUAAUGAGAGUCAAUAAAAUUUCUAUAUGUGGUAACAAAUUAUUGUGAUUUGUGGUAAAAAAUUAGUUUUGAACAUGAUAACUAAUUAAAUAAAUAAAAGAAUUUUACUUUCAAUAUGUAGUUAUAGUUAAUUAAUAUAAAUUAAUAGAAUAUACUAAUUAUUUAAAUCAUUAUGAUGAAAAAAUGAAAUUAUUAUAUAUUGGGACAUGGUAUGUAAUUAAGUGGGAAUAGAGGAAUUUUUUGGGUAAGAGUCAAUAAAAUUUCUAUAUGUCUUUUAAAUAUUUUAAAUUAUUAAUUAUUGUAAUUUAUGGUAACAAAUUAGUUUUGAAUAUGAUAGACAAUUAAAUAAAUAUAUUAUUUUUUUACUUUCAAUACAUAGUUAUAGUUAAUUAAUAUAAAUUAAUAGAAUAUAUUAAAUAUUUAAACCAUUAUAAUGAAAUAAUGAAAUUAUUAUAUAUUGAGACAUAGUAUAUAAUUAAGUGGAAGUAGUUGAUUUUUUUAUAAUUAAAAGAGGUGAAACCACCUCUUCGGUAUAAUAGAAAAGAAAAAACAACUGUAAAAGUGAAGCUAAAAAAGUUUUAGUAUAACAUUAGAAGGAGCAAUGCACGUGGAUAUUGUGCAGUACGACAAAGUCUUCACAUAACUGACCCAAUAUAUUUGAGAUUGAGCAUCAUUAUUAUUGAUAUAUGCACUAGAAAUGUUGUACAAGCAAAAGAAAUAGCAAAAGUUAACAUACUCUUUACGACCAGAUUGUUAUAUAUGGUAGGUAUUUAUGUAAAUCAUAAGACAUAUUUUAUUUAUGUUAAUCAUAAGACGUAAAGUAUCAUAUUGAACAUGCCUGCUAUUUAAUUUGUACCUAGUUUUCAUUUACUUUUUUGCACGUUUACCUAGUUAAUUUUGGGAUAAUUUUAGAUAUACAAUUGAAUUGCAUGAAGUUGGGAUUUGUCAAGACCAACUCAAAUUCAAAUACCGCAUAUGUGAAGUGUGGUUUAAAGAUGGAUGGAAAAAUUCUUAAGGCACAACUUACAAGCAGUGGGAUUAAAAUCGGAUGUUCAUGCACUUCAAGCUGAUUAACGCAUCUUUAGGCUAAUUGGACAAAUAUAAAAGGAGAGUGACUUUCAUUUUAUCAUGCAUUCUACAUUAGAAAAAUUCAAUUUUCUAAGUUCUUGUGUAUUUGCUUACACAUAAUUGUUCAAGCAAAUACGCAACGACAUCUAAAUAAUUCUCAUCAUCAUGGACAUGUGCAAGAACAUUAACAUGAGGCUUAUAGUAACACCCUUUCUCCUUGUUCUAAUUGUUCUUUCAAAUAUUGAAAUAAAUGAAGCAAUAAAACCAGGUCGGCCACGACAUCCACCACCGGCUCCGCAACCCAGAUCAACACCCGACAAUUCUAGAUUUCAUAUCGGUCGGGCUCUUGCAAUCAUUCUAGGAACCGGCCCUGGCAAAGUCCAAGCUUCGGCACCCAAGGCAGGAACCGGCCCUGCCAAAAUCCAGGAUCCGGCACCCAAGGCAGGAACCGGCCCUGCAAAUGUCCAGGCUUCGACACCCAAGGUAGGAAACGGCCCUGCAAAUGCCCAGGCUUCGGCACCCAAAGCAGGAACCGGCCCUGCAAAUGCCCAGGCUUCGGUACCCAAGGCAGGAACCGACCCUGCCAAAGUCCAAGCUUUGGCACCCAAGGCAAGAACCGGCCCUGCAAAUGCCCAGGCUUCGGCACCCAAAGCAGGAACCGGCCCUGCAAAUGCUCAGGCUUCAACACCUAAGGCAGGAACCGGCCCUGCCAAAGUCCAGGUUCCGGCACACAAAGCAGGAGCCAGCAAAGUUCCUAAAAAGAAUUAAUUGAUCAUAAAAAAAUUCCACGUGCUCCUAGCUCCUCGUACUAGACAUAAUAUAAUGUCCUUUUUGUUGCGGCCACGUCUAUUACUCGGGAAUAAUUAGUGUCUACUAUGAACCUUUUUUAAAAUAAUGUGUUUUCACAUGUGUACAAUAUGAGUUUGGUAUUGUGAAUAACAUGAAUAAUUUUGAUCAA